UAUGGGCGGCGCCAUAUGUGGUUCGAAGGUCACUUGGUAAGGCUUGAAGUCAUCUUUUAGAUGAAGGUUACGGCCGGGCUGGAGCACAAAGGAUGGCAUGAAUGCACCCAGCCUAGAAUACCUUGCAUAUUUAUGACAAUGUCCAAAAACAUGAGAACAAUGCCGGAACAAACUUAAAAAAGUGCAAAUAUUGGGAUUUAAAAGGGACGAGAGGCACAUUUCUUUCUUCAUUUUUGUAUCUUAUCAUCCUUCACUGAACUUCAAUCUAAACACAAGACUGAUAUUCACGAACGAUAUUCAACCUCACAACAUCACACAUAUUACACUCAUCACCAAGAAGCAACAAGUCAACAUGAAUGCUUUGAUGGAGGUAAUAAUGUUCGCAUUCUUUGCUGCCACAUUCGGCCGAUUUCUUGACUGGAUGCUGGACAGAGCACAGCGAAGAGUGGAAGAUGAACCAGUGACAUAUGUCACCAUCUGCAUUCACUAUUUCAUCGUUGUUGACCUCCCCGAGCCAGAGGCCCCCAACCAGUCCCCAGCAGAGACUGACUGAGUCAAGACCAGGUUGAGUGAGAGACCAUCAUUUGGUGAUGUGAUCAGCAGAGCGUGUGAAGUGAUUAUUUCAUUUACCAGUGAACGACAAGAAAAGCCAUAGGUGAACCAAUACUGGACGGACAGUUGCGCUCCCUAGACAAUAUUUUCAUUUGUUGAACACUUUCAUUUUUCAUGUAGUAGAAAAAUAGCUCUUCCUUCGAAUUGAAAUUAAAAUUUUAUUGACUGAACUAAUACGAUUCCUGAACUUGCCUAUGAAAAGUGACCACCGUGAUAUCCGUGAUAUUCUCAUUCACCCGAUAAAGUGCUUAUGAUAUUAUCAUCAUUAACAAGCGCAGAUCUAAGUCUCCAUACUAAUUAGUCUAUGAAUCCAAGAACAGGACACAUAAACCCAUGGGGAAGAUAUAAGACAAGCCCAGACAUCGGUUAACCGCAACUUUCCAAAGACUUAAUAAGAAUACUAUAAGCAUAUCUUCAGCAAAAUUUCGAACUUUUCCAAACUUGGAUUGCAUUUUAGACAGCUUGCAGUACACAGUACCUACUAUC